GACCACGUGAGAAGACGGAGGCUCUCGAGGGCCAGCCAUUAGCUGAGCACACGUUCACCACAUUGACGCUAAUUAGCAGGCCUUCAUAAGUAUGGCCUUUCAUUGUAUGCGCCGGUUCUUAACGCUCCUUUUGGCUUAAGUCUGUCCGCACAUCAUGGCUUUUUCCUUGAGAAACGACCCUCGCAGGCCUGACAGCCCAGACGGGGAGUCUCCGGCCCUGUCGACCUGCAUCAACGCAGACAUCUUCCGUAGGAUGAACACCAUGCUGGGGAACUCUCUGGAUCUGACUGGUGUGUGUACCACCCCCACCAACGGCAAGAGCAAGACGGACUUGCUUUGUGAGCCAGACCUGGCUGCAGUGGGCAGCAGGAGGAUGCUCUUUGCCAACUGUGGCGGCAUGCCCGGCUCCCAGGAGAUGCAGUCAUCCAGGCUCCAGUCGAGCGUGGCAGACCUUGGCCUGGGCCUGCAGUCUCUCCGUUUGUCUGGCUGGGACAGAUCCUGGAGCAGCCAAGAGACGGAGUCUCUCGCCUCUCCCUCCCAGGUUCAGACGAGCUCGCAGUCAAUGCUGGGCAUUCUGAACAGUCCUUUUAGUAGCCUCCUUGGAAAGGUUCCAGCCUACCUGCCCUCAGAGUCCAUGAGUAUAACUGCUGACUUCCUGGAGAAGUUCCCCGGCAUGGCUCGCAUGGCUAACCGUCUGGAUUCAAGCUCCUUCUUGGACUCGCGCUCCAGCAGCCCCGAAGACUCUGAGACUAGUGGCUUCAGUUCUGGUUCCGACCACCUCUGUGACAUGUUGUCCACUCUGCGGAUUUCGCCUCCCCUGCCUUACCUUGCAUCAAACAUGCAGAAGGAUCUGCUGCGACUUGGCUCCCGUCUGGACCCCCAGGACACCAGCUCCCCUCUGACCCCGCCAUCUAGUGCCAGCCCUACCUCCUCUGCCCUUUCCCGUCGCUGGCGCACGGGCUCUCCAUGGCCUGGUGCAGACAUGCUGGACCAAUCUGAUGAUUCAUUUAGUAUUGAGAGGGAGGCACGUCUGCACAGACAGGCUGCAGCUGUGAAUGAAGCUACUUUCACCUGGAGUGGUCAGUUGCCGCCCAGAAACAACAAGGAUCCACUCUACUCCUGCAAGGUCUUUCUUGGUGGCGUGCCCUGGGACAUCACAGAAGCUGGGCUCAUCAACACCUUUAGCGGCUACGGUCCUCUGACUGUGGAGUGGCCUGGUAAGGAUGGAAAACACCCUCGCUGUCCUCCCAAAGGUAAUGUGGCCAAAGGCUAUGUGUACCUGGUUUUUGAAAAUGAGAAGUCCGUACGGGCCUUGCUCCAUGCUUGCUCCCAGGACCCGUUUCACCCUGAGGAUAACAGGGAGUACUACUUCAAGAUGUCUAGCCGCAGAAUGCGCUGCAAGGAUGUGCAGGUUAUUCCCUGGGUGAUUUCUGACAGUAACUAUGUGCGCUGCCCUGCUCAGCGUUUGGACCCCAGCAAAACUGUGUUUGUGGGUGCACUGCAUGGCAUGCUAAACGCUGAAGCACUGGCCAGCAUCAUGAAUGACCUGUUUGGAGGGGUCAUGUAUGCAGGCAUUGACACAGACAAACACAAAUAUCCCAUAGGCUCUGGGCGUGUGACUUUUAACAAUCAGCGCAGUUACCUGAAGGCUGUAUGUGCAGCCUUUGUGGAGAUUAAAACACCAAAGUUUACAAAGAAGGUCCAGAUUGAUCCUUACCUGGAAGACUCCAUGUGUCAAGUUUGCCUUCGCCAACCUGGACCGUUCUUCUGCAGAGACCAGGCCUGCUUCAAGUACUACUGCCGCUCCUGUUGGCACUGGCAGCACUCCAUGGACAUCCUGAGCAACCAUCGCCCCCUCAUGCGCAACCAGAAGAACAGGGAUUCCAGCUAGAUUGCAUGGAUGGGCUGGAGAAGGUUCCCCCUUGGGCGAGGCUGCCGAUGACCGAGGAGAGCACGUGCCGGACAUCCCUCAGCGUGAGGGGUGGGGCACUCCACCAGGCACUGGGAUAUCACUGUAGGAAAUGUUCACUUUUUGCACUUGCUACAUUUUUGCUGUUCACAUUUGGCACUAUGCACCGUGACCUUGUUGGGAGAGACAAGGGACCGUUCACUUUGAAGCAUUUUCUCAGACCUGUGGCCAGACACGCCCUCAAGUGUCAGCAAAAGGUUAGGAAGCAGACGAAAAUGCCUUUCAUUUUUUUUUUUUUUUUUGGUUGACAUGUGUU